AUGACGGUGGUGCGGGUUUAUGUGCGCGUGGGCUCGGUGAUGCUCCUCGGCUCGGCUCGCUCGUUCCGACCUUUUCGCUUGGCUUUCCGUCUUUGCCCUUCUCUGUUUGACAUGCUCGCAGCGACGGCAGCAAAUGUUGUGGCUGCCAGCGAUGGGGUGGCUGCCAGCGAUGGGGUGGCUGCCAGCGAUGGGGUGGCUGCCAGCGAUGGGGUGGCUGCCAGCGAUGGGGUGGCUGCCAGCGAUGGGGUGCGGCUUUAUGUGCGCAUGGGCACACUGAUGCUCCUCCUCGGCUCGCUCGUUUUCAACCCUUCCCUUCCCUUUUUGUCUUCGCCCUUCUCCCCGCAGCCAUGGGAGCGAAUGCCGCUGCGGCCACCGACGUGGUGCGGCUUCGCGUCCGCGAGCGGCGGCGGAGGAGGUGCGGUGGACGCGCUGCUGUUGUGGGACGUGUUUUUGGGUGACGCGCUUUUCGAGCGCACGGUGUGCGACGCGGUGCAGCUGUUCACGUCGCCCGACUGCUCGGGUACUGCAGCGGCAGAGUACCAAAACACGGUUUACCACACAAGGGACAUGAGUGAAGUCCAUCCUACUGCUGCCAUAUGUGCCCUGCACCUGCUCCCAUACGUCCCUCCCAUGCGUCCCUCCCAUGCGUCCCUCCCAUGCGUCCCUCCCAUGCGUCCCUCCCAUGCGUCCCUCCCAUGCGUCCCUCCCAUGCGUCCCUCCCAUGCGCCCCUCCCAUGCGCCCCUCCCCCCUGUGUCUGUGUGAGCAGUGCGUUCAAGAUGGACGCAUCAGUGAAGUCCAUCCGCUGCGUUCUCGUGGAGCACGCGCUUCCUUUGAGUCGACUCAAAAGCAGACUCCUUUUGAGUGGAGCCAUGCGCUUCCUGCUGCAACCUUUGUCGCUUUUCCUCAUGAGUCAUGCCUCUCCCCCCAUUCUUUCCCCCAUGCCUCUCCCCCCAUUCUUUCCCCCAUCCCUCUCCCCCCAUUCUUUCCCCCAUCCCUCUCCCCCCAUUCUUUCCCCCAUGCCUCUCCCCCCAUUCUUUCCCCCAUGCCUCUCCCCGCAUUCUUUCCCCCAUGCCUCUCCCCCCAUUCUUUCCCCCAUGCCUCUCCCCCCAUUCUUUCCCCCAUGCCUCUCCCCCCAUUCUUUCCCCCAUGCCUCUCCCCCCAUUCUUUCCCCCAUGCCUCUCCCCCCAUUCUUUCCCCCAUGCCUCUCCCUCGAUUCUUUCCCCCAUGCCUCUCCCCCCAUUCUUUCCCCCAUGCCUCUCUCCCCAUUCUUUCCCCCAUGCCUCUCCCCCCAUUCUUUCUUCCAUGCCUCUCCCCCCAUUCUUUCCCCCAUCCUUCUCCCCCCAUGCCAUUUCCUCCCAUCCCAUCCCUCUCACCCCUUCCUCCCAUGUGAUCCAGACGACAUCUGCAGCCGUGUCAAGUGCCCGGCACACUCCACGUGCAUCAAGACAAACGACAGCAUGGAGGUGGCAUGCCAGUGCGCCCAGGGCUACCGCAACGUUUACGGCACAUGCAAGCCCCAAGAACCUGCACCCGAAUCCUGGAGGCUGGAGGUGGCCUGCCAGUGCGCCCAGGGCCACCUAAACUCUACGGUGAAUGCAAGCUCCUCUCUUCCCUUCUCGUCCCAGAUUGCCUUCCUCUCCCCUCUUCCUCCAUACGCCACGUCCCUUCCUCCCUCCUAUCCUAUCCUCCCUCACGCUCUCCCACUCCUUUCCGCCAUGUUCCCUGUGCCUUAG